AUGAAGAGACUCAUGACAGCGUUCACGUUCCCGUCGCCAACGGUGGCGACGGCGGCCUCGCGCUUUGCCACGCUCGUGGAGAUGGGGUUCCCUCAGCGUCGUAGUGGAGCUUUGUCGCUCUGUACCUGCCACCAAGCGUUCACUACCGUAGGAUAUCUGUGCCCACGCUGCAAGUCCAAGAGCUGCGAUCUACCGACUACCUGCCAAGUGUGCAACCUGCCGUUAGUGUCGUCACCGCAUCUCGCACGAUCCUACCACCAUUUGUUUCCGGUGGCCAAGUUCGCACAGCAUCUACUACGGUCGGGUGCGACCGGCGAGAAGGGAGCGAAAAUCUCCCCCGAGUUGGUGCAGAAGAAGUGCUUUGGCUGUCUGUUGCUACUCGGACUGGACGGCGAAGGAGCCGCGUACGAGUGCGCUACGUGCCAGAACGUCUUUUGCAGCGAGUGCGAUACGUACGUGCACGACUCGCUGCACAACUGCCCAGGCUGUAGUUGA